GCAGCAGACAGAGACCACAGCUCGACCUGUCCCCCACCAGUGCCUGCUGAACUAUGAGCCAAACCAGGAAUUUACAGGGAGGUAAAGCUUUUGGGUUGCUGAAGGCCCAACAGGAAGAGAGAUUGGAAGAAAUCAACAAGCAAUUCCGGGAUGACCCCAAAUACAGCGAUGAUGAAGACCUGCCCUCCAAACUGGAAGCCUUCAAGGAAAAAUACAUGGAGUUUGACCUGAAUGGAAAUGGAGAUAUUGAUAUCAUGUCCCUGAAGCGAAUGCUGGAGAAACUUGGGGUUCCCAAGACCCACCUGGAGCUAAAAAAGCUCAUCAAGGAGGUGUCAGGUGGCUCUGGAGAGACUUUCAGCUACUCUGACUUUCUCAGGAUGAUGCUGGGCAAGAGAUCUGCCAUUUUGAAAAUGAUCUUGAUGUAUGAGGAGAAAGCUAGAGAACAGGAGAAGCCAGUGGGUCCUCCAGCCAAAAAAGCAAUCACGGAGCUGCCCUGAUUUGUCAAAGAAACUGUGGGAUUGAAGGUGACGCUAAGGACAUCAACAUGGAAAAAGAUGGCAAUGUUGUAAGACAGAAUAAAAUUAAAUUAAAUAAAUCCUCCCCUU